AUGAAUUCGGUAGAGCAGCUCCGACAAACAUGGUCUAAGGUGUUGGCAGUACCAGCAUCCGAGAUUGAAGAUGAUGAUUCUUUCUUUGAUUUAGGAGGCGAUUCAGUCAAAGCCAUUCAGCUCCUAUCCGAAGCGGCACAAUCCGCUAUUACUGUCGAUCUGCAAACUUUCUACGACAACUCGACUGUGAAAGACUUCUGGAGUAUCAUCAGCCCACAAGUUCAAGGCAGGAAUGGCUGGGGGCCAAUCAACCGCAGUUGUGAUAAGUUAACCGGCAGAACGGACAAUUGGGUUGGUAGAAAGAAGACAGAUAUCAACCUAGAGACAGUGGAAAGGGCUCUGAAGGAAUUCAACAUAGCACGAGAGUCUGUAUGCCAAAUUGCACCUAUCAGUCCCAUUCAAGGUGAGCUCCAGCACUCGGGAAACGAUGUACCGCAAAGCAUCAUGUUCCGUCUAGAGGUUGCGCUAAUCCGGUUCAUACUGAUAGAAUUCUUUCUUCAUUUGGGCUUAAAUGGCAAUGUCGGUCUUAUCAACUACGUCUACGAAGUUGAAGGGCGCGACCUGAAACAAGGCCUGGCUCAACUAAUCAAGCACCUGGAAGCAAAAAGUCCAAUCUUUCGUACUAUCAUCAUAGAGGAUGACACUGGAAAGUCCACUCAAGUCCGGCUUUCGCACAGCCUGUCAACCUGGGCCUAUCCUACCGACUUGCAGACAUAUCUCGAUGACACCAUGACUGAAAAGCAACGCCUCGGUGCAUCUUCAGUACGAUACAGCCUUGUACUUGGGGAUGAGCGACACCAAGGAAAGAGCUUCUUUGUUAUCAGUUUUGAUCACACGCACUGCGAUGCCUUCUCUCGCUAUCUGAUCGACAAGGAAAUACGUCAGAUACUGGAGCAGCCGGCGGAAUAUUCUAGUCUGCAGAAUCCUGAGCGACCUUGGUAUGGGGAUUUUGUCGAGCACAACCGCGCCCAUAACCACGAUGACCGACUAUCCCAAUACUGGGCAUCGUACAUGAAAAGUGUCAACCUCGCAAAUGUACACCCCCUCAACGAGGCCGUGGUAGGAGGCGAGCUUGAUGGCGAGUUGGUUGAGAUUGUCCCGAUUCCAGUUGUCACUCUGUCACGGAGGACGCGCGGUCAAAUAAAUCCAUCCCAUGUCAUUCUGGCCGCCUGGGCCAUGGCCCUAUCAAAGCACUCUGGUCUCAAGGACAUCGCGUUCGGGCUUGCUCGCCAUGGAAGAUCUUCCGACUCGUUCAUGGACUUGAGUCGAGUCAUGGGCCCGUUGGUAACAGGGACACCGUUCCGUGUGAAACUCGAUGACACCGAAAAAGGAACCGAAAGGUUCCUCAACAAGGUAAAGGAAGAAGUGUUGGAGACGGCAAAAUGGGAGCAGGGGGUUGUUCCAAACAUCCACCCGGACGCUGAGGGCAACUCAUGGGUGCAGUCAAUGGUCAACUUGAAGUCGGAGCUGUACGGGUUUGGAAACGAAUCCUGGACUGCGGAUGAUGCAGAGGCGAACAUUACCGCAAUAAAAAUGAGGAGAGACUUGCAGCAGUAUGAGUUCAAGAGUAAUUGGGCCAUAUUGCUGUCAACCUUACAGAAGCAAGGUCAGUUGCGACUUCGAAUGUACUAUCAAUCGCAGCUCCUUGAUCAUGAUAAGGCGCAGGCAUUGUUCGCCAACUUUAAAUUCUUCAUAGCGGAACUGGCUAAAGGAUCCGAGGAUCCCAUUACGAACUUGUUGGACUCGGAUAGCUAG